CUUUCCGAUUUGACUUUUGUUGCUGUUGUCGGGGUAAAAACAGCAUAAAAAAUGAAAUUCAAUAAACUCGUUACUUCCUCAAGGAGUAAAAACAGGAAGAGGCAUUUUACUGCCCCGUCUCACAUCAGAAGACGUUUAAUGUCCGCACCCUUGUCUAAAGAACUUAGACAGAAAUACAAUGUGCGUACCAUGCCCAUUCGUAAAGACGAUGAAGUGCAAGUUGUACGUGGACAUUACAAAGGCCAACAAGUAGGCAAAGUAGUACAAGUGUACAGAAAGAAAUUCGUAAUCUACAUUGAAAGAAUACAAAGAGAAAAAGCCAAUGGUGCCAGUGUAUAUGUUGGUAUCCAUCCUUCCAAGGUAGUGAUUGUAAAACUUAAAAUGGAUCGUGACAGGAAAAAGAUCAUUGACCGCAGAGCAGCUGGACGUUUGGCUGCUUUGGGCAAAGACAAGGGCAAAUACACCGAAGACUCUGCUGCUGCUGCUGCUGCAGUAGAAACAUCUUAAGUGUUAACUCUUUUGUAUUU